CUCCUCUGUUACUAUGACGAAUUGUUGUGCAUUACCGAACCAGAAAGCUGAGGUGAAUUUAGCAGAUCUUGGUUGAAUUUUUACUUCCGCCUAGGUGUCACUCCCCCUUCCGCUAAUUGCCUUCUGUUGUGUCUUGCAACGUGCAGCUCGCGUCGCGUCUCUCUUCGGGCAGCUCAGUGUCAUUAUUAAAAGAGGGAUUCUCAUCCCCUUUUGUAAUCCACUACACAGCUAACUAUCGUAUUAGCCUGUGGCACUAGCUAGCCGGCUAAGCCUUGAUUUAGUUCCAUGCAACUUGGGGAUAGAGAGAGAUAGUUAACGCCAGCAGGCAGCAGCACGCACAGUGGAAGAGCAGCGCAGUCAAGUCAAGUCUCGCCGAGUAUUUUGGCAAUGGCGCCGGACACGGAGCGCCGUUUGGGCUCUUCAUUGAUGAAGUACGGCACCGUCACUUCGCUGCUGGUGGUUCUGGUGGCCUACUGGUACCGAUCGCCGCAGGACUCCGGCGGGCUGGACGCGAGACUGGACGCCGUUUUGUCAUCGCUGCUUCGUGCAGAAAGCAAAGUGGGGGUGAACAGCGCGAGCAGACCAAAGGUUGCCAUUGGUUUCGGAGGGUGUGUUGACAUCAUCGUGGACGGCGUAGAGCUGCUGAAUAAGAUCGGUCUGCAGCCGACGGCCACGCCCCUUCACCACGACUACAUCCAGAACGCAGAGCAGCUCGCCGAGAGCUUCGCCUACUUCUUCGCACCCGGGGCCGCCUCCGAGCGUUUCGUGAUGAAUGAGACCCUCUUCAGCCAGCUGGUGGAGGCGUCUCGUGAGUUGCCGGGUAACCGCUGGUCCGUGGGGGGGAACGCCCCCGUCAUGGCGGGACGUAUGGCCCUCGAGGGCUGCGACGUGCUGCUCGGGGGCACCUUUAGCACAGACUUCAACGACGUGCUGUCGGAACACAUCACAGUGGCGGGUAACGAUGUGGAUGAGCCUGAUAUUCACUUGAUCAUGGAGUACCCUUCAGGAGCCACCUGGGGACCCUACACAUCACGCAGAGCAAACAGGUAUAUAGUCCACAGUGACGAGCAUAACCCCUAUCUGGACUCGAUGGAGGCGUUUGAGAGGCAGCUGCUCGACUUCCAGCCGGAUCUGUUGGUAGUCGGAGGAUUGCAGAUGAUGGACAACUUCCCUUUUAAAGAAGGUGAGCGUCAGUCUCUGCUCUCCCAUCUCUCCUCCCUGAUGUCUUCUGCCUCUGCGGAGACGUCGGUGCAUUUCGAGAUGGCCAGCUUUGUAGACGAGGAGCUGCUCGCUGAACUGCUGGAGGGGGUGGUACCCCUAGCGGACUCACUAGGCAUGAACGAACAGGAGUUGCCCAAUCUCCUGAGUCUGCUGCGUGGGUCUAAUGUGACGGUGCUGAGCGAUCCGAACCCUCGCGUCGCUACCGUGCUGGACCAGAUGAGGGCGCUCUACUCUCUCCUCAACGAACAGCACACAGAGAGCGGACGAGGAAGAGCCCUCACCAGACUACACGUACACACACUCGCAUUCCAGGCGAUGAUCGUUCGUGACGGUACGAGGUGGAAGAACACCAUGUCUGCCACGGCGAAGGCCUCCCUCACAGCGCACCGGCACGUGUGUGGAUCCGCAGAGGUGGACACCAGUAAGGCCCGCCUCAUCAUGGACGACUCGUUCUCGGUGAGUCGUCGCGAGGGCAGCGAGCGCAUCCCGCUGGAGGAGACGCGACCCGUAUCCUGCUGGAGGGAGCGCGACUACCAGAUCUGUGUGGCGCCCGUACUCGUCUGCACCGAGGUCUUCCAGACCGCCGGGGGCGGGGACAACAUCUCCGCAGCCGGACUCGUGCUGCAGAUAUGAGGACUUUGAUUGGCUGGGAUAGUGGGGGGAGAGUUGCCAUUGGUUGACAUCGUCGUUUUAGUUUCAGAUAUGAGGACUUUGAUUGGCUGGCUGACUGGGAUAGUGGGGGAGAGAUGCCAUUGGUUCUUCCAGACGGCCGGGGGAGGGGACAACAUUUCCGCAGCCGGCUCGUGCUGCAGAUAUGAGGACUUUGAUUGGCUGGCUGGGAUAUUGGGGGGGAGAGAUGCCAUUGGUUGACAUCGUCGUACCUGCUGUGGAGCUCAUUGGUUAGAUUGAAGAUGGAAAGACAUUUUGAUUGGCUGGCAGGUUUGAGCAGCAGUUGAAUCAUGAGGACAGCAACCUGAAAACAACUGUCUCUCUCUCCUCUCUCUCUCUCUCUGUCUGUCUGUCUCUCUCUCUCUCUCCCUGUCUG